AUGAGCAUUCUCGUGCUGCUGGUUGUCCGAAGCAUUCGACGUCUGUUACUACUGUCAGCAUGGCUGGCGCCGUUAGCCGUCCCAGUUGCAGCAACGCAGCAUCCGCUCCCACAGCAUCAUGCCACUCCGCCCGCCAAGCCGAACAUUCUUGUCAUCCUCACCGAUGACCAGGACCUGCACAUGGACUCGCUAUCCUACAUGCCAAACCUGCAGAAACACCUGAUCGAUGAAGGUCUCUUCUUCCGCCACCACUACUGCACAGUCGCCCUGUGCUGCCCCUCCCGCGCUUCAAUCUGGACUGGCAAGGCCGCCCACAACACCAACAUCACCGACGUCAAUCCGCCCCAUGGCGGCUACCCAAAGUUUGUAAGUCAGGGCUUCAACGACAACUACCUCCCCCUCUGGCUCCAAGACCUCGGCUACACCACCUACUACACCGGCAAGCUCUUCAACGCGCACUCCGUCGUCAACUACAACAAACCGUUUCCCCGCGGCUGGAAUGAAUCCGACUUCUUGCUCGACCCGUACACCUACGAAUACCUCAACGCCACCUUCCAACAAAACACCGACCCUCCAGUCAGCCAUGAAGGAUCCUACUCCACCGACGUGCUGAUCAACAAAUCCCUCGCCUUCCUCACCGCCGCCGUAUCCCAGCGCCCAGACCAUCCAUUCUUCCUCACCAUCGCCCCCACGGCACCGCACAGCAACGUCCACAUCCACUCCGCCCUGAUCAACUCGACCUUCACGAACAAAUCCGUCACACAAUCCCCACCCAUUCCCGCAGCCCGCCACGCACACCUGUUCGAAAACAUCACCGUCCCACGCACGCCACACUUCAACCCAUCCCAACCCCAACGCGGCUCGGCAUCCUGGAUUUCCAACCUGCCCCUACAGAACGGAACGAACAUAGCAUUCAACGACCACUUUUACCGUUCGCGCUUGCGUGCGCUGCAGCCCGUUGAUGAGCUUAUCGAUUCCAUCAUUGCCAAACUCGAGGCGGCGGGACAAUUGGAAAACACGUAUAUAAUCUACACGACCGACAACGGGUACCAUAUCGGACAGCACAGGCUACAGCCGGGGAAGCAGUGCGCGUUCGAGGAGGAUGUUAGUGUGCCGUUCAUUGUGAGAGGGCCGGGGGUUCCGAGGGGGGUCAGCACUGGUGGUGGGGUGGUGACGAAUCAUGUUGAUAUUGCGCCAACGAUUUUGAGGCUGGCUGGGUGGGAGGCGGGUGCGGGCGAGGAGCGUGUGGGGAUGGUGGAGAAGUUUGGGCUUGAUGGCGCGGUUAUGCCUUGA